UGUAAUUUUUUACAAAAUUAUUUAAAUAAAUCUUCAGUAUUGUCAUUAUAAUUAAAUUUUAUUUAGUAGUAAAAUUGCAUAAAAUAAGGAAAUACUUUCGUUUUUGCCAACUUGGAAGAUGCAUUUCGUGGAAACGAAACAAAAAUCAUCAAUGAUUUCUUCAUGUGGUAACAGCUAAAUCAUGUAAUCUUCCAAACCUGUCACAAAAUUUCUGUGUGUAAUGGAAAAUUAAUUUAUCCAGCUUUAAUUAAAUGUGAACUAAGCAUUUGGCUCAUACGAAAACAAUGAAAGAUGAAAAUAAUUCUAUGAUGUAAAGCCAGAUUUCGCGGAUACCUAAAAAGGAUCUCUAUUAAAAUUUUACUUUUCUUAUUCUUCUCACAUAGUACACAGUAGGAGCAAGACGAAAUGAAAAUAAUUUAUUUCGCAUACGUCCUUACGCCAGCUUAGCAGGAGUAAUGGAGUAGGAGUAAAGAACUAAGAAGUAUGAAAUGAGAUUUGCCUAUUUUGUUUACUCCCGGUUUUUAGGCUACAUUCAAAAACGUCCUUUCUGAGGAAAAUUUUACUCGAAAUAUAUAGUACACGUAACGUAUCCUAUAAAGUAAAAUUUUCCUCGGAAAAGACGUUUUGGAAUGUAACCUUAAUUGGUCUCUCCAAUUGUUACUCUUACUCCUUACUCCAUUACUCCUGCUGACAUUGUAGACCUUGCAUAAUAGCUAUAGUAUUGUAUAGGAGUAAAAAAUUUCAAAUUUAACAAUUUAGAUUAAUUUAAAAAAAAGUUUUUAUAAGAAGUCUGAAAUAAGUUAAAGAUCGAACUACAAACUUAAAAAUCGCAGUGAUUUUUGUAUUUAAUUUAAUUUUUGUCAUAGAAAUAGUUUGCAAUAGAUCAGUCAUUUAUGUAAGUAAGGGAAAUUAAAGGUAUAAUUACGAGUGAAACAUCAGUAAUAGAAACGAGAGUAACAGCAAAGAGAAGCUGUUAUUCUCAUCUCAUUCUUAUUACUGUUUUAUUCGAUCUUAUUGACAUUUCGCUCUUUCCUAUUAUUCGAUCUAUUUCUCAUUCCUUUCUUAUGCACAUAGCACGGAACGCAACCAGAAUUGUGCACAUAUAUGAGUUAUCCGCUCGCCUAUGCACAUUGGCUACGUAGUUUAUAUGCAUAAUUUCCGAGAUCCACAGAGGGCGUAUCGCGUUUGAGGAUCACAAAAGUGCCUGAAAAGGUGAAAGGGUUAAAACUGGUUAAAACCAAAAACUAGGGCUAAGAAAGAUUGUGUCGUCUACAAAGUCGUUUAUAUUGUCCACUCACUCCAACUAUCGUCUCUCAACCUUGUAUAAGCUUAUGCUAUACCUUGUGUAUGUACAUAUUACCAUAAUUAGUUGUAAAUAUUAUUGUUAUUAUCUUCGUCCUCGUGUCACGCGUGAUUGAAUGACAACGGACGUUUGUCAUUGCGACAUUCAGCAUCUUCGGGAACGAUAUAUAGAAGCGAAAUAAAUAGUAUCGUUUCAAUUCUAAUGAAUGCAGUACUACGAGAUGAGAGUGGUAGUGAUUUAAUGAGCAACAUUUGUUAUCCGAUGUGAAAAAAGAAGAGUAUAGAAUCAAUUCUACCAAAAAGGAGAAAAAAAAAGAAUUAAGGUGUUUUAUAUAAUAAUCUUAUCAUAGUAUUAUACAAUGCGAUACUUAAAAGGCACUUUGGAAAUAUCAAGUGCAUGAACACUUAUAUUUAAUAUUAGCUGAUUUAGUUUUAGAAAAAAGGUAAUAUAAUGCUAACUUCGGCGCCUCUGGCACCAUCCACCUCUGUAAGCAGUUCUGGACUGCCAAGUCCAACUGCUGAAGCACUUGAUGACAUUUCAAACAAACUAACUAUAUACCUACAUCAACUAGCUGGAAAUUAUGAGAUGGAAGUUGAUGUAAUAUAUAAAGAUCAUUGUUAUGCCCGACCUUGGAAUUGGAAACCAGAGAACAUUUAUGUAAAGCCUACAAAAAAAUUAUUUUUCUCAAAAAGCACUGGGAGUGAUAAGCAUAGGAAGGAUGAAGAAAUUGAUGUGGAAAAUAUUAGCAAUGAAUCGUUGCCAUUGCCAUUUGAUUUAUCUAGAGCUCGAUACAUGAUGGACGAGUUUGAACGUUUAGCAAGUUUUGCGCGACCUGAGGAAGAGGAGGAAGAUUGGGAGGAGAAAAUAGAGAAAACUUUAUGGUCUCCAAUCCAGAAUCGAAUAUUUACCAAAGUGACACGGAUAUUGAGCUCGGAGAGGCUCGCAAGAUUAGCCAAAGCUAAAAACACAAUGGAGCCAAUCUUUCGAAGAACAUCGGUGGAUAUUGCAGCGAGGAGAUUUCGGGAAACGUUAGCCUCAACUGGUUGGGACUGGAGACUGGCUCAAUGGUUGCACAAUUUACUAUUUGAACAUCUGCCCCAGGAAUAUUUAGCCAUCUACCUGGAUAUUCUACAAACCUUGAGACUAAAGAUUCCUCAAUUAAUCGAUAAGAUGAUUGCUGUGCAACCUAAUAUCAAUGCUAAGGGAGGUUCCAUAACGUGGGAGACGCUUGGAUCACUCUUAAAACGAUCUUGGGAUCCGGUCGCACAAAAUUUGAGCGGAAAUAGACCUAAAAAAUUGCCUGGAAAUCCGAUUUUAAUAGUAGUGCCUUCAAGCAUCGCAUCGUCCGUCUCCUCUCGUCAGCACAAGUGGAUCACACAGUUGGGAUCAUUAGGCACAGUCGCUACCGUUCAUAUUCAUAUGGGUCUGGCAGCCAACCGAAUGACUAUGAUGGUGUGCAUGGAUCAAUUGGUUCAAGCAACAAGAGCCAAGAUACAAGAUGUCAGAAGUGACUGCCCUGGUAGGCCGAUUAUACUUGUGGGUUUCAAUGCUGGCGCAGCGCUUGCUUGUCAGGUGGCUCAGAUGGAACAUAUAAUUGCUGUUAUCUGCAUUGGAUUUCCUUUCACCACGGUUGAAGGAAAACGAGGCACACCCGACGAUAUGUUAAUGGACAUUCGCUGUCCCGUCAUGUUUAUCAUCGGGCAAAAUGCCACUCUCGUUAGACCGGACGACUUAGAGGAGCUUCGCGAGAAGAUGCUGGUCGAGACAAGUUUGGUGGUCGUGGGUACGGCCGAUGAUUAUCUCAGAAUAUCCACAUCCAAGAAGGUACUCGAAGGUAUCACGCAGAGCAUGGUGGAUAGAUGCGUGUUGGACGAAAUUGGAGAUUUUAUCGGCAGUAUCCUGUUGCAACCUCACCCGUUACCAUUGCGACCGACAAUCGCAACAAAUUGUGACAAAAAUAAGAAAGACUCUCACAAACGACGAAACUCGACCAGCAGUUCCGUGGAAAGCGAACCUAACUCGCCAACCGUGAAGAAAUCCCGGCCGAACACGCCUGUUUCUUCCGCACUAUCGGUCGGGACGAAUGUGGCAACGAGCUCGACUCCCAAAAUCGGUACGUUCACUACCCAAUCCAAUGCGCAAGUAGGUGGACAACAUACGAAUCAUACUUCUACCGUAAAACGGAAGCGACCUACAAAUAAUCAGAGAAAUCAAUUCUCGGACCAGAAGAACUCUAAGUCUCCUGGACAGACAAACAUUAAUUCGGAAAAUGGCAUAACACUCAAUAUUGGUACAUUAGCGAGUCUGGCGCCAAUAGGGCCUAUACGUUUAGCACCUACUGCUGUGAGUCAAUCUACAACUACCUCCUCAAAAACGUCUAACACGUCUAAACCCUUGACGGCUAAACCGAAGGUUAUUUCAAAUGUGCCGUUGCCGAAUGUUUCAAAAAUGAAAACAAUAGCGCCUCCUAAGUCUUACUCGAAUAUAAUCUCAAACAAUUAUAAACAAAAUAGUAUGCCUGACAAAAAUGGAGACGCGAAAUUGGUAAACGUUUUUACCACAGGAAAUCAGAUUAGGGUUAAUGCAACUCCCACAGCGGGAAGUAGUAAGCCUACGGUGACAAGUGCCACGUUAUCGAAUCUUUUGCAAAGCGGAAAGAGUUCUAUCGCGCUCGCGAGUGGCGCAUCUUCUACCCGUACAUCGUCAGCUUCCAGCAUUCUAUUAACGACUACUAAUUCAUCGGUGAAUACCGUAACAUCAUCCGCAUCGACCUCUACAAAAGCAACGGAAGAGAUGGGAAUGAGCAAUGAUGCUCACUUAUUGGAUGUAUCCAAGUCGACGCACUUACCACGACAAGGAGCCAUAUCUAAUAGCACUGAUAACCCUCAUAAUACGUCGUGUGGUAAUAUAGUCAUUGUCGAGAAUUCCCUUCACAAUAGAAGCACGCCUUCGUCGGUGAUAGUCCCGUUCAGCGGUCAAAGUUCCAGCUUCUUACCGCUGUCUAAUAAGCUGAAAAUCUCACAAAAAUCGAUGAAGACGAUGCCGAAGAUCACGGUUAACACCAACAACUUGCAGAGACUUCAAAAGGGAAAGCCUCAAAACGUCCAGAAGAAAAACAUCGCAAAUGAUAUAGACGACGAUCUGGGUAAUAUACUUGAUAUACCGAUAAUAUUUGCCAAGGACGAUGACAAUCUGAGCAGCAUGAAUAAGAUGCCGGUAGUAACGCAAACGACAUUGACCAAGGAAUCUCAAGAUAGACCAAAAUUGAACAACACCACCAAGGUAGUCUUAAUUAGCAACAAGCAAGACAAGUUACCGAGUAAACUUGGGGCGACUCCCACGCAGGCAGUUAUAUGUCCCAAUAUGCCUGUGCAAAACUUGAAUCAGUUGAUACUGCAGUCACGACAGAACACCAAUGUCUCAAAGAACAGAAUCGGAAUGCCGUUGGAAAAUCGACUGGUACAACCCACCGUGAAGUACACCAAGAUUAUAUUGGCAAAAAGGAAUUCGCAACCCGCACAGCAGAAUGAGAAAAACGAGCAGACAAUUACGACGAAGAAAGUGGAGGAUAUCAAUGCACCUAAAAUUCUAACUUUCGAGAAAAACGAACAUAGAUUCGUACAAGCGCAACCUGCUACAACAUCAACGAAUUACGAUCAUCGUAUAGAUAAUAUCCUCGAAAUUGAGGACGCCAUUAAAACGAAUAUCAUCGAACGCAAAUAUGUACCCCCACUUGCAAUUGACGAGACAUCAUCCGCAGCUCUCGACGACGACUGUGAUAUUUUCAACGAGACUAAAUUGGACGAAAUAGAAUGUGAUUCUGAACAAUCUGUUUUCGGCAAUGUUAGUGAAAUGCAAACGUAGAACACAUUGCAUUAUGAAAUCUAACAUAACUUUGUGCAAUACGCGAGAAGAUACCUACAAAGUGUUGUUAUUGUUGAUUAUUUCAAAAUAUCGAUAUUAAUCUAUAUAUAUAAAACAAUGUAUUUAUAUUAUAUUUAAUAUUAAAUAAUAUAUAUAUUAUAAUUACUAUAUACAUUAUAAUAUUAUAAUAUAUAUCACACAUUGUAUUAGUUUUAAGCUUUAAUAGUAGUUAUUUAUACAUAUUUUGUUAUUACAAUGAAAUCACAAUACAAUUUAUUUUAAAGUUCUACAUAUUACAUAUAUGAUAAAACACAAACGAUAAAAUAAAAUAUUAUAAUUAUUGUUUAAUUAUUUAAAGUCUGAUAGUGUAAAAUUUUUUUAUAUAUCGAGGACGCUCGUUACUAUAAUGAAAUUGACCAAAGAACAGGAAAAAAUAAAUAAUACUAAAGAAAA